AUGCUGCCAACGCAGCAAGAGAGCCCCACGAGUUCGUCGGAGGUGUCCAUCAAGUUCGGAUCCUAUCUCGUGAAUGAGAAUUCUCCCACGCCGUAUUCGGAUGCCACGAGGACGAAAAAGAACAAUCCCAACCGCAUCAAGAGACCCAUGAAUGCGUUCAUGGUCUGGUCGCAGAUGAGGCGCAGAGAGAUUUGCGAGAAACAGCCAGAUAUGCAUAAUGCUGAAAUCAGUAAAAGUCUAGGGAAAGAAUGGAAGUUAUUACCGGAGAUGGCGAAAAAGCCUUACAGAGAAGAGGCCGAACGACUCAGGAAGCUGCAUCAGAAAGAGUACCCAAAUUACAAAUACCGACCAAGGAAGAAGACUUCAAAACCCGCUGAGGUUUUGAAGGCAAAAGAGAGGAAAAGAACGCGGAAAUCGGUAUCCCUAUCGUUGUCGUCGCCGUCACUACCGCCCUCUCCAUCGUCGUCGUCAUCGAUGUUGUCGACGCCGUCAAACAGCCCGGCCUCGAUGCUGGCCAGCUCAUCCUUGUCACCGCUGUCGCCGGUCUCUGCGGCACCCGCUGCUAGUCACGCUGCCAGGACCAGAAAUGAUAAUAAUAACAAUACCCGACAGCAGAUGCUGAAGAAGCCGAUGAAAAAGCUUCAAUCGAGUGUUAAACCGAUGUCCAGGUUGAACUCAAAACACAUCGAAUUGACUUUAGAGACCUUGGAAACGCCACAUCAUAUGUUGCGUUCUGAUGUGGAUUACAACUCGGCACCGUUAUCAAUUCCCGGCAAGGUGCCUACCAGUCCGACCUGCGAUACCCCUGACUCGCCCGAGUCCGCCUUCUACGAUGAAAGUUACAAUCCCGAGAAUGUUAUCAACAACAACGCGAUCUGCAACGUCGCUCUUAAGAUCAAGCAGGAACCAAACGUAGAACUGAGAGAACCGAAGGUGGAACCGGAGUCGGAAUUGGAUGAAAUCAAUUUCGCCUCGAAAGACAUAAUUCUAGCGUCUGUGGACUUACCAUCGACAAUGCGGACGGACAAUCAUGGUUACUGUCACACGAAUUUGACUUCCGCCGUUCGGCAGAUGAGUUUGCAAGUGAAGCGGGAACCUUCACAGCCCACGAUGAUGAACGCUGUUGUCCCAAUGACGAUGCUUCCGUCGCCAGUAUCCAUCAUGUCGUCCACCUUUGUAACGCCGACAACGGGCAUCACUGGAGGUACCACCAUUGAUGACUCUUUUCUCACGGAUGAGACCCUUAUUAGCAACAUCGGUCGUCCGGUCAACCUUGAGGAACUUAUAAACAGCUUUCCACAACUCGCCGAUCAAUCUCUCUCCGAUCAAGCAUUAACCGACUUAUCAAACGACAUCGACAUGAUGAUGCCGGAUUUGGAGUUUAAUCGUAAUGAGGAGAUUAUGUCCAUACUCGGUACUGACGAAUGGAACGGGUCCUACUGA